CCGCGUCGAACGGCAGUCGCGCGCGUCCUCGCCUGCCGUUUGGUCGUGUACGCGUUGUGCGGCGCAUGCCAUACCUCAGAUACCUCAUAAAAGGUACUCGGGGAACUCGCUUUUGGCGGGUUUUCGCACGGACGUGAGCGGCGAUCGUGAUGCGCUUUGCAUUCGGACACGGAAUGCGUGCGUGUUGUCAGCGCGCUCGGCCUCUCUGUGUGUUUGUGCGUCACAGUGAAAUCUGUGGCGGGUACCACCAGUGAUCACUUGGAUUGCAGUGUUGGAUCGUAGGAUUGACUUUGACGACGCAACCGCAUCAGCUUAUUCAAUCAAGUGUUACAUGACAACAAUCGAUAAAAUCGCAAUGGACCCGUGCUGAUACAUUUGGCGCAACUAAUAAUUUUGUUUCGCAGUAGCCAAACUAUCAGUGUGAAUUGAUGGAUAUAACUUUCAAUCAAAAAUGUUCGUACGUGGAGUGGAUUAAUUGAUAAUAUUGUGUUGUGUUGUGUAAAGCAGUGGAAUAAAAUACAAUCAGUAUUGAUAAGUGUGCAGCAGACAUUGCUGGUAUGCAUAUGUGCUAUGAGAGGCCUGGCCUGGUCACCGCCCUGAACGGAGGCGUUGGGUACGACAAGUGGGACCGGGACAGGGGCGGGGGGAGCGGCGGCGGCGGCGGCGGCGGCUCCGGCGCGUGGGCUGGCCGCGACCGCGAGCGCGACCGGGAGCGCGAGCGGCAGGCGCGCGCGCACCAGAUGUCGCAGGCGCACGCCGCCGAGCCCGACGCAUCGUCGCUCUUCCCGGCGCCGAUCAGGGUGACAGGCAACAGGGAUCGCGUGAGCCAGCAGAUUCAGACCAAGCUCGGCGAUUAUCACCUCGCGCAGUGGUUCAUCGAUGACCCUAGCAAAUCUAUUGGGAUCUGCGCCGAACCACCCAGUCCUGCACCAUGCCCACCAUCACGGCGAGAAAGCGAGUUCAAGAAGCCCGCACACGCCCCCCAGAACGGCGUCCGCCAUCACCGCCCCCAUAUCCCACACAACAAGAGCGAUGGUUCCGGUUCUACGGGAGCCCCGCACAGACCGCCUCCACUCAGGAUACCAAACGGUAUCCAGUCACAGAAUGCUAUGGAUAGUCAACCGCCAAUAGAAAGUAUUUUAAAGGAGAUGAAGUCUCUCCCGACGCCGUUGACAGUGAUAGCAGCGACGCCGAGGAAAGAAUCGGAGAACAAAUUCAUCUUCAACCCUUACACAAAUAAGGUCCAAGAGAAUCCUCAGUUGGCCGUCAACGAUCUCAAAACCCCCCUUCCUAAACCCGGUUUGGACAACCGGAUAUCGAACUCAAGGAGUUCAGUGUCACCUGACGUGGUGAACAAAGACCUCGGCCUAUCGGAGAGCGAUGACGAAGUGGCGAACUCUCACGCGUUACGACCGCCCAUCUCCCCAAUCGGUUCCGGCAGUCCAACGUCAGAUAGUUCGUCGCCUUCCGAUUCCGAAUCGGAGUCCUCUUCCGAGGAGUCAACGCCCCUUGCGCCGGCGCCGACGGCUGCAGCGCCGGCGCCCGCGCCUGCUGCCACGGCCCCGGCUCCUGCGCAGCGCUCCUCCUGGAGCCUGUCGAACUUCGCCCCCCCGCCUGCCCACCCGCCUGAUCAGACCUAUGACUCAGGCAAAGAUGUCAGACAUGCCCUCGCUGAUAUCAAAGGGAAACCGAGUCCAAUCUCGGAGAUGUCGGAUUCGGAAGCAUCGUCACCGUCUCCCGGCGUGGUGCGGCGGAGGCGGUCGAUACCCAACCGGGUGUCGACUGCAUCCAGUGACGAGGACACGCCGAGGCAUACGACGUCGCCUCGUGUGGUUCCGUCUGCGCCGACGGGAGCGGUGAAGCGUGGUCGGCCGCCCAAGGCCAGGCCGUCCGAGGAGCGGCCGGUGAAGAAGCGACGCGGCCGCCCGCCCAAGUCCCGCGCGCCCUCCCCGCCCGCGCCCGCGCACCUGCCGCCCGUGCCGCAGCCGCCCGACAGCGACGUGGAGCCCGACCCGCCUCAACAUCACCCCCUACAAGACACCAAGACGCAUAUCUUUCGCAAGGUUUUUACUCCAAAAAAGAGCGACGAGUGCGGUGGCAAGGGCGGUAAAGGCGGUAAAGGAAAGGGUGGAAAGGGCAAGGGGCAGGUGACCAUCAUCGAGGUGACGGCGCCCGAGGCGGACGAAGAGGAGCGGCGCCACGAGGAGGCCCUGGCUCGUCUGUCGCCCCCCGCGCCCCGCCGCCCCCCCUCCGACCGCGUGCCCGAGCGCAACUACGAUCGCAUCCCCUCCGACCGCAUCGCCAACGAUCGGAUACCGACCGAACGCACCUCCAACGACCGGAUACCCGACCGGCCCCUCGACAGAAUAUCCACGGAACGGACGUCUACGUCGGAUCGCUCCUCGUCGGCCAGCGACCGCCUGUCGUCCGACCGCCUCUCCGACCGACCGCCGGACAAAAUGUCCAUAGAUCGGUUGUCCAAUGAGAGGAUGGCCCACGACCGGCUAUCGGGCGAGAGGAGUCACGACCGGAUAGCGAUGGACAAAUUGUCGCACGAUCGUCUUCCUGACAUGAAAAGCCGGUUAUCGGACAGCAAGUUAUCUCUUGACAGAGUCGAGAGUAAAGCUUCGCUGGACAGGCUAGAGAGUAAAGCAUCUCUCGAUAGGCUAGAAAAUAAGGUGUCUCUGGAUAGGCUAGAGAGCAAAGUGCCGCUCGAUAGGUUAGAGAAUAAAGUGUCGAUGGACAGACUGGAAAGCAAGGCCGAUAGGUUAGAGAGCAAAGCGUCGCUGGACAGGCUCGAGAGUAAGGCGUCUCUAGACCGGCUCGAGAGUAAGGCGUCGCUAGACAGGCUAGAGAGUAAGGCGUCGCUAGACAAGCCGGUGGACCGCAUCGCGUCGGAGCGCUAUGUCCGCGCGGAAGCUGACGUCGGCUCGGGACUCAAGUCCGGCCGCGGCUCCGAGAGGCUCGAGGAGGCGUCUUCCAUAGUAUCAGGUCGUGAGCGGACCCGGCUGGUAGUACGAGUGUCGCUGUCGCGGCUCCGCGCCGACACGCUCCGCGCGCUGCAGCGCCCCGCGCGGCACCACGCGCCGAAGAGGACACAUGCGCCUACACAUGAGGGCGGUGAAGUAGCAGCGACAAACCACGAACGGACGGACGCGUAUGCUGGCCAGACCCCUAUAUACUUCUCGUACUUCGAGCGGCUGCCGGCCGACGCGCUCUCCGACGAGGAGAGAGAUCACAAAUACUAUUUAGAAGAAGCGACGCGACUCCGCACUGCCGCCGAGAAGGAACAAGAGCCCUUACCUCGCGUCAUGUUAUACCUCGAGUCAGUACUGUGCUUCGUUCUGACCGGCCGAGUACUGGAACUCGAACUCGACACUAAAGGCGCCUUCACCAUUUACCGGGAGACCAUAGAGUAUAUAAAGAGUAUACACUCUAUGCCGCAGCGGUUUAGGGCGUCGCCUCACGAUACUUUUAAUAAGCUGGAUAUACUAAGCCUACGCGUUCAAGCGCUCCUGUAUCUCCGAAUGUUCAAGAUGUACAAUCGCGAAGUGAAGGAAUACAACAAGAUCGUUCACGAGUACCAACAGAAGGUACGUGCUGAUCCGGCGCUAGCUGAGUCAGUGUCCCCGCUGUCGCCGACGCCGUCCCCCGCGGGCUCGGUGGGGUCGGUGGGCUCGGCGUCGGGCUCGUCGGGCUACUGCUCGCUGGCGCACUCGGUGCCGGCGCACGCGCACCAGGCGCUGCUGCUGCUCAACAAGUACUACGCCUUCCUGUACGUCGCGCAUGAUCUGUGGGAGCAGGCUGAUUCCUUGUGCCGGCUGAGGACUAAUAGAGAUCUGUUCAUAUCAGUGGACCGUAAAUGCGGGCCGUUGUCGCUAUCGUCGACGUUCCGUCACCUCGUGCAGUACGUGCGUCACGCCAUCUCGCUACUCAAGCACGUGCCACGCGACUGACGCCCCAUACGACACCCCACCUGACCUACACACAGGAAUACACAAUACAAACACUCUCAAAACGCCCUCUAUACUCCCUUUCAAUAGACACUCAAUUAAAGCUGAACAAUCUUGAUACUUGAGUAUAUAGAAAUAUGUAUUAAAGAAAUGAAUUACUGCUUAAAAUAAUUAUUCUAUUGAAUAAUAAUUGUUAUUAUUGCAAUGUAAUAUUGAUUUUUGGCCAAAUUUUGUUAUUAAAUUGAAUUUUGAAAUAAAAAAUUAAAUAUCAAGAUUGUUUACGUUUAGUUAAGUGGCUACUCAAAUGGAGUGUUGCCGGAUCAGCUUGCAACAAUCAACCGCUCUCGAGUAAGCUGUAACAACAUAUCUUGUAUGACUCUAAUGUGUGAGAAAUUUGACAGCCAACAGCGGUUCAUUGGUACAAGCUUCAAAUGUCUUUAUUGUCAAUGUUUCACUGUUGUAGCGAUUCGAUAACGCUACGUAGUUAUAGUUUCAUUGAACGAAUGUGAAUGCUUCACCGUCCUUCAAUGGAAAUAGUAUGCGUCGUCCAAUCGCUGCAAUGUGUGAAAUGGCUCGCUACGCAUUUAUGAGAAGAUCGACUGUUCGAUAGUCGUCUUACGGCAUAAGUUUUGUAACUCAGCAAUAUUGAAUGAGAGUUCGUAAGUAGAGGUUAUCCCAAUAACAGCGUGAUAUCGGUUGAGUGCGCGUCUGACCUACGAGCAGUGGGUUCGAGUCCGUACACGACAAUAUCGCUAAACUCAGUCUUCGCAUUUCGUUCUCUUCCCAAAUCGAUGACCAAAAGCAAAAUGUAAAAAUUUGUAAGAAAAUUGUAAAUAAGGCAUCGUUGCGUAGCAACGGGCGAGCGACGAGUCACGUGUUGGCCGACUCUGUAAUUAUAAGUGAUAGACUAAUCAUAUCUUAAGUGUUUUUCGUUGUAGCGUUACUUCCCUAUCAAUGGAAAUGUUUUACUGUCGGGAACACAUAUACGAAUUGCUCGUUUCUUAGUGUUAUGGGAGUUAUACGACAAAAAUAAUAUUUUGAUCGCAUGUGGGCCAAUCGAGUAUAUUAUUAAUAUCUCAACAUGUAUGGGAUCACCUGUAGGUCUUCGCAAUAAUUUACUGAUUUAUACUUUCGCUGUGUUGAUUUACGCGAGUGAUGUCUGAUAUGAUUUAUAAUUUAGUUUAGAUGUUUAAUGUAGUGCAACGGCGACAAACUGAUCACUCGACGAUGUAACGGGGCGAUUCCACUUGACACCAAUUAUAUCAAAUACAUUGUGCUUCGCUCAAGCCGACCGGUACAUAAAAUCAGCUAACAAUUUACGAUACUGACUUAAAAGCAAGAUUGACGGUGCAAGCCUGACAGGCUGUUUAUCGAAAUUGUUUGUGACUAUAAAACGACGUGAUAUUUCAUCUACCUCAUCAAACGUUAAGGUCGCUACUUAAACAUAGAGUUGAUACAAAAAUACUUCCGCACUAAUAUACUUCCAAACGGACAGACAACAAUGACUAGGUGAUAAUUAGUAGCAAGGAAAAAUGAAAGGAGCCGUUAAAGACUGGCUGAACAUUUUUCUGCCAAAAGUCAUUGUUGAUUUGCACUUGAAUAAUGUUGGGCAAAAGAAAGAUUGCGAAAUGAGAAAUAGAUUCUUUGAAUAAUGAGUAAUGUACCGGACAGCUGAGAGCGUCGCACAUAUGAACGUAUAGCGAACAACACGUGUUCCUAUCCGCCAGAUAACUGAACACAGAACAAUCAUUGAGCAAAACCCUGUUUAUUGUCAUGUCUUCACAUAUAAACAUUAUUUCGUAUACAUAUCAAAUAAUUUGGGGACAAAUCAAAUAGUUUCAUCAAUAUUAUCAAUGGCGAUCUAUAUAAUUUUGUACGCUUAGAAAUCGUUAAAGUACGCGACCGGGACCGUUGUCUCUGGUCAUUGCAUUAUUCACAUUUUUUGGAGUGACAAUAAUACUCUGUUAGGGGAGCUAGAUUCGUUUGUAUGUAUUCCACAAUACCCUUCAACGCAAUGGAGGAAGAAAAUCAUUAAACAUAAUCGUUUCGAUCGUGAAACACUAUUCUGAACAAAACAAAAUAAAUAUUCCUUUCGUGUAAUAAUAAAAAAAGUUCAAAUAUAUUUUAAUGAAUACUUUUAAAGAGUACAAUAUAAUGCUUGACAUGAACAGAUUUGACUCUGCGACAAAGUGUCCGUAACACCAACAUAUUAUCUAUUUCUCUCGGUUGUUUAUCAAAUUUAUGUUGUGAUUGUAUAUACAUAAUAUUAUAAUAUUAUACAUUUUGUAAUGAAUAUACAUGUUAGUGCCAGAUAGGUUUUUGUAUGAACGUUUAUAGUAAGUGGUGAGGGGCGAUCCGCCGGCCGCGUAUCGGGAGCGACAAGAGAUGCCUUGUACAUAGUAUAUUGUAAGAAAUGUGUAGUUUUCACUCUAUAUUUUAAUUUAUAUUAUGUAAACUAUAUUUAUAGCUAAGCGGACAAGGAGAAAUUAACAUAAUAAUGUUUGUAUAAUGGUGCGUGAUCGGAUGUGCAAGUGGGGCCUGGCGUGAGUGCAAGUUCGAAUCCCGUCGUGACACCAUUUGUUAUAGUAGAGCUUGCAGCGUUCAGUUGUAGUGAUAGUUAGCGUUACGUCUACCGCUAGUUACCGCAGCCUCGCACCGGCCGCCGCGUUCUUCCCAACACGUUACAAUACUGUCCUCAUACGUCACGGUCAAAUCUCUAGUUGAACACAUCACACUAUAGUGCCGGGAAUUAUUCCAAUUAGAUAUAGUUGUAAAUUAGUUAUAGCUAAAUAGUUAUACGCUCUGGUUGCGCGAGUGUAAGGACGUUCGCGUGACGGAGUGCUCGAUAUCAAGUAUGCGUAAGUUAAGGUUUCGUCUGUUGAGGUGAUGCAAUCUGGAUAGUAGUGUAACAGUACGAACGCUCGCACAAUGUGUAUCUAUUGUUAACGUUGCGUUCAUUUUGUUGGUCUUAAUUCGAUAUAUUCGCAGCAAUUUGACAUUAUCUCGAUAACCAUCGGUACUUAUCCGCACAAAUGUUUUAUUUUAAAUUUUAGUUGAUUAUUUUAUUUAUUGUGGCAUUGUAUUACUUUUAAUUUAGUUGCACACUAAGCGAAGUUUACUUAAAUUGAUUUGCGAGGCGUUUAUCAAAGAUCUGGCAUUAUCGAGUCUUGCAAACUAUUGGCAGUCUACCAUAUGUGAACCGAUUCACGAUAUUUUGUUUAAUUUAUUAUUUUUACAAAUGAAAAAUCAUAAACUGCAUCUCGUUCGGAAACUCGCGUCUAUGUACUUGGUUUUUGUUAUCGUUGUAGUUCAUAAUGAGUUAUAAUACAAUUAUAUAUUAUUAUUUUUGUUUUGUUGCUUAUUUUGUGAUUAAGCUAUUAGUUUGGCCUUAUUAUUUAAUGUAUCACAAAAUUACCAUUGACAAAAUAACUGUGAUCGAAUAAUUUACUUACGAAUCCACAAAUUUAUUUAUUAAUGAUUAUUUAACUUUGAAAUCAUUGAAUUACUUAAUUUGACAUUUCCAACGUAUCAUUGAAUUUAUCCAGUUUGUGAGUACUGCGGUGUGACGGUCCAUGGCUGUACAUGCAGUGACUUCUAUGAGAUUGUUUGCACUUGUCUUUGUAAACAAAACCCCUCUACCGUGUCAAUGGAUUACUUAAUUACAUUAGUUCUUCCCUCACACACGUGUAUUUCUAUAUUUCUCACCAUUUUGAGGUACAAUCUAAAUCUCAAUUAAAUGAGCCCUAAAAUUGAAACCAAAUUGACAAUUAUUAUGGUAAGUUGAACAAGUGCGCGCUGGUAAGAAAGCAUUAGACGAUUGUUUUAGGAAAUUGUAAAAUACUGUUUUCUUUUUUUUAAUAGCAUCUUGUGUUGAUAGCAUGUAUAAUUUGUUUUUUUUUUAUUCGCGUUAAGAAUUAUGUAUAAAUUUGUUUUCCUCUAAUUUUAUUAUUUGUGUAACUAUACCUUAUGUUAUUGAUAAUAGAAUACAUUAAUUUUUAUGUAUGGAUUUA